AUGUCAACCACUCGGAUCGCCUUUAAGGUCUCCGGCACUGUUCAAGGACUCAUGCGAAACAUCCAGGCGUCGGCUUCCGGUAAGGCAUCCCUGCAGCGAACGGCCAAAUCAAUGACAUCAUAA